AUGAAUCGCUCCGGUUCAUCGCGCAUGUACCCUCCUGCGCCGAACUACGAGGAAGAACCUCCACCCUACGGUGGCUAUGGAGAUUCGGCCUCGUAUCUCUCGGAUAAUGAGUCUUCUCCUCCUGCACCGGCCCGUCGUAGCAAUGGUGCCACUAUGAGACUUCUCCCCACGAGCACGAAUGUGGAUGACGACGAUCUGCACGGCGACAUGGGACACUCCUCAGUCAUCAAUAUGCCAUAUGAAUCACCGAGAGCUAACACUGUGAGCUCUUCCGGUAGUACCGAACGCUCACGACAACCCUCCACCCGAUACUACCAGUACGAAACACAGGAAUCGCCUUCACGACCAGCUUCGAGUCUGCGUGACGCCCCAACGUUUCCACCUCCUUCCUCCGUGGGCGAUGGCCUCGGAUAUUCUUCUCGACCUGGUUCUCCACUCCGGUCAUGGACUCCUUCGUCUCGCGCUACAGGUUGGACAAGACCUCCAGCUCCUCCGUCGGUUACAAGCACCCAUUAUGAACGCGCAGAUUUGAAUGGUAGCCCACGACCCGGCACGCCCAGCACCAGAUAUGGAGGUAGCCCAAGACGACCUUUGCCGCCGGCACCUUUGUUUGCGGGCCCAGCGUCGACAGUUGGUGGUCAAGAUACGAGCAUUGAUAUUGGAGAUGGAGAUGACCAUGACGAUGUGUUUGGUGGCAGAGGAAUGAGAAUCGAGCCCGAUGCCGACCCACGGGGCAGUAUAGCCUCCUUCAUGAGCGAAUCGACGAUGAUCACGGACGAGAAAGACGAUAUGACCAAGAUCGAUUUGGAAGACGACGACUCGAGUUCGAUUGCCGAUCCCAACAUGCACUACGGACCGGCCCCCGAGAAGCAAAGCCGUCGAGGUGUCCGAGAUGCUCAGAUGGCGAAGAAAGAAGUCCAAUUGAUCAACGGUGAGCUGAUCUUGGAGUGUAAGAUCCCGACUAUUCUACACAGUUUCUUGCCUCGUCGCGAUGACCGCGAGUUUACCCACAUGCGCUAUACUGCCGCGACUUGCGACCCCGACGAUUUCACUGCCAAAGGAUACACACUGCGACAGCAGAUGGGGACGACCACCCGUGAAACUGAAUUGCUCAUUUGUGUCACCAUGUAUAACGAAGAUGAGAUUGGUUUCACCCGUACCAUGCACGGCAUCAUGCGGAAUAUCAGCCACUUUUGUUCGCGUUCAAAGUCCCGAACUUGGGGUAAGGACGGUUGGAAGAAGAUCGUGGUCUGUGUUAUUGCCGAUGGUCGUAAGAAGGUUCACCCUCGCACUCUCAAUGCUCUGGCUGCCCUCGGUGUGUACCAAGAAGGUAUCGCCAAAAACGUUGUCAACCAAAAGCAGGUUACGGCACACGUCUACGAGUAUACGACGCAAGUUUCGCUCGAUUCGGAUCUGAAAUUCAAGGGAGCUGAAAAGGGUAUCGUGCCUUGCCAGAUGGUUUUCUGUCUGAAAGAACACAACCAGAAGAAGCUUAACUCCCACCGUUGGUUUUUCAAUGCCUUUGGUCGUGCCCUGCAGCCCAAUAUUUGUAUUCUCCUUGAUGUUGGUACCAAGCCGGACCCCACGGCACUGUACCACCUAUGGAAAGCAUUCGAUCAGGAUUCUAACGUCGCCGGUGCUGCUGGUGAGAUUAAGGCUGGUAAAGGCAAAAACAUGACGGGUCUUUUGAACCCGCUCGUUGCUAGUCAGAACUUUGAGUACAAGAUGUCGAACAUCCUGGAUAAACCCUUGGAGUCUGUGUUUGGUUACAUUACUGUUUUGCCCGGAGCGCUGAGUGCGUACCGAUUCUUUGCUUUGCAGAACGAUGCCGAUGGCAACGGGCCGUUGAACCAGUACUUCAAGGGAGAAACGUUGCAUGGUCAGGACGCUGAUGUGUUCACGGCCAACAUGUAUCUUGCUGAAGAUCGUAUUCUUUGCUGGGAGUUGGUGGCCAAGCGAGAAGAGAGGUGGGUCUUGAGAUUCGUCAAGAGUGCUGUUGGAGAGACCGAUGUUCCAGAUACCGUGCCCGAGUUUAUCUCCCAAAGAAGACGUUGGUUGAACGGUGCUUUCUUCGCGGCUGUUUACUCUCUUGUCAAUGGCAAGCAGCUCUGGAAGACGGAUCACACGCUGGCUCGGAAGAUCUUGCUUCAAAUCGAGUCUGUGUAUCAGUUUACGAAUUUGCUUUUUACGUACUUUGGAUUGGCGAACUUCUAUUUGGCGUUCUAUUUUAUUGCGGGUUCCCUUACAGACGAGAAGAUUGAUCCGUUCGGACAUAACAUGGGCAAGUAUAUCUUCAUCGUGCUUCGAUAUGCUUGUGUCUUGGUUAUGUGUUUGCAAUUCAUCAUAUCAAUGGGUAAUCGACCACAAGGAGCUAAAAAGCUAUAUCUCUCUGGAAUUAUUGUCUACUGCAUAAUCAUGGUGUAUACAGCCUUUUGUACCAUUUAUCUGGUGGUACUCGAGCUGAUAGCGCGAUCUGGAGGUCACUCGAAACUAGAAGUGACUAAUGGCCUCUUCAUAAACAUCGUGGUCUCGCUGCUCUCGACCGUUGGUCUUUACUUCUACACGUCAUUCCUCUACCUGGACCCCUGGCAUAUGUUCACCUCGUCUGCGCAGUACUUUGCACUGUUGCCCAGUUAUAUCUGCACCUUACAAGUCUACGCUUUUUGUAACACCCAUGAUGUGACCUGGGGUACAAAGGGAGACAAUGUGGUCAAUACAGAUCUGGGAGCAGCCCGUAUCAUUAACGGUUCCCUUGUCGAGUUAGAAAUGCCCUCCGAGCAACUGGAUAUCGACAGCGGAUAUGACGCGGCACUGCGCAACCUCCGUGAUCGCCUCGAGGUACCAGAGCCUCCCCCGUCGGAAAACCAGAUGCAGGAAGACUACUACCGUGCUGUGCGUACGUACAUGGUGUCCACCUGGAUGAUUGCCAACCUUGUCCUGGCCAUGGCUGUGUCGGAAGUCUAUGGUGUUGAUUCUGGCGGGACGAACGUCUACUUAGCCAUCAUUCUGUGGUCGGUGGCUGGUCUGGCCGUUGUUCGUGCUGUCGGAUCUACCACAUACGCUAUUUUAUACCUUGUGCAGAAGCUCGUCGAGGGCAAGGCCAAGUUCGAAGCGGGUAAUUUCACCAACGCUGCUGCCGCUUCCAGUGUCAAUGGUAGCGCUCUUGGGAGUAACAGCACGUCGCAUCGAUACGGCGGUGGUGCCACGUUUAAAGAUCGGUUUAAUGAAGCUGGAUGGACUGUCAAACGGUCAGUGGGUAAGUUGAUGUUUUGGCGCAAAUAG